AUGGCUUUGUUUGCACUUGUAACACUGAUAGCAAAUCGGCAUGGUCAAUCGAGGGCGUUGAUGCGCCAUUCAACGGCUCACGCAUCGUGCAGCACAAGAAAAAAGAGGCGUCACUUGCCGAAGCUACCCGCUUCAGUCCCGAGCUCUCGGACCCAGAUGGCAUCCACCUCGCCGGAACCCGCAGCGACCGAGACCGGCGACUCUGUCAAAAUCCGCCGCCUAGAGAUCGCCGACCGCGAGAGGGGCUUCCUAUCCCUGCUCUCCCAGCUCUCCUCCUGCCCGGACCUCACCGAGUCCGAGUUCGCCGCGUGCUUCGCCGACCUCGCGGCCCUCGGCGACGACCACGUCAUCCUCGUGGCCGAGGACCCCGCCGCGGCUCCGGAGCGGCGGAUCCUCUCCACGGGGUGCCUCUUCGUGGAGCGCAAGUUCCUCCGCGGCGGCGGCAAGGUGGGGCACGUGGAGGACGUUGUGGUCGACGCCGCCGCGCGCGGCCGGGGGCUCGGGCUCCGCGUCGUGCGCCGCCUCGUGGAGAUCGCGAAGGAGGCCGGCUGCUACAAGGUCAUCCUGGACUGCACCCCGGAGCUGCGCGCCUACUACGCCAAAUGCGGCUUCGUGGAGAAGGGGGUUCAGAUGGCCGUGUACUUCUGA